GUGUGGUAUUAUUGGUAGUACCAACUUGUAACUAUUCGCGUCAAGCUGUGCUGUUCGUUCGUUUUGUUGUGUGCUGUACGAGAGUACGAAUAAUUAUUCACGAGAAUACGACGAAUAUUCUACCUGUGAUUUCGCGACGAAACUGACACGACGCGACGGGCUCUCGUAAGUCGUAAUGGUGUGAAACUGUGAAUAUAGCAACAGUUCGCGUACCUGUUGAUUGGUCUGGUGGUGGUGUUGGCGUGACAAGUGGAAUAAAAAACCCAUUAAAAUAUUUUUUUUCGUUUGUUUAUCGCGCAUACUUAAUAUUAGAUAUAUUUAUCGGGUGCGGAGUUGGCUGCGAAACGACGCAAAUAUGUCGCUAAUGUGGACGCCGAUAAGGCUGACAAUGUCCUCGUCGUCGGAUACGCAACUCAGCACGUCCUCUUCAUCGUACAGUAAAUUCAAACCUACUCCCACUGCUUUCUAUACGAAUGAACUUCAAGAAGUCACAUCAUGUACCAAAGAAACCGUACGAAUUACGCCUCCUCCUCACGACGCUGUUGCCCUUAGACCUACGGUUUUUACUUUAGACAAUACGCCAAAUGGAACACCUUAUCAGUAUAAUAGAAAUGCGCGUUCUUCCAGUUUACCAAAAAUGUCUGCUGAUCAGAGAAUAGCCGAUAAACAAUGCCAGACCGAUGAUGUUAUCGUGUACAGUCCGAAUUCCGUAGACAGCGUGAGCAAUGAUAAUGUACAUAGCACGAGUACGUCUAAAGACACACUAUCCGUAUCAUUAGCCGCAGCCUCCCGCCAACCAAACGGAACCCACCACGGCGAAGACUCAUCUCGCGAAUUGGACCACAUAAACGUGAUCAUCAACGAAUGUCGAAGCUCGGCCGAUGAUAUCUCCUGCGAAUCGCUGGACAUGAGUGAGACCCUGAAACAUGAUAAAACUACUGAUACAACCGAUAACGCAACCAAUAAAGUCGUCUACCAAAUGAAUCUCGAUAAACCCAAACCCAAAAUAAUCGACGAUGAGAAAUACACAGAUAUUGAUAAAGAACAAGACACUUGUUGCGUCAAAUGUUGUUUAACAACUUUACAAAUUUGCGAAUGUUGUCAUAUAUCUUGAAGAUAUUGAACAAGAAAAAGAAGAAGAAGAAGAAAGCAAAACAAUACGAGAAACUCAGAUAAUUACUUACUCAUGUACGAUGAAAAAAAAACGUACUACUCUACGUACCCAGCUAUAAUAAUAUUAUUUUCUUUUUUUUAUGUCACGCAUAAAAUUUUUUCUUAUUCUUUGUUUUAUAGUGCAACCUCCAGUGAUAUCGUCAUUCCUCUCGAAUAUACUCGUAAGAUCUUAAUUUGUGAUAAAUUUUUGUGUGUGAAUUUAUUGGCAAUAAAUACUAUGUUUUUUUUUGUACUA